GGUGGAAUUAAUGCUGCAUUAGGCAACAUGGAGGAGGACGACUGGCGUUGGCACUUUUAUGACACAGUGAAGGGAUCUGAUUGGCUGGGAGACCAGGAUGCCAUUCACUACAUGACAGAGCAGGCACCUGCUGCAGUGGUGGAGACAGAGGGCUGCCGUGGAGAGGGAGGAAUCUUGAUCAACAGUGAAGGCGAGAGGUUCAUGGAACGUUAUGCACCCAAUGCCAAAGAUUUGGCCUCUAGGGACGUGGUCUCACGGUCCAUGACCAUUGAGAUCAGGGAAGGAAGGGGUGUUGGGCCAGAUAAAGACCACGUCUACCUGCAGCUCCAUCAUCUUCCGCCCCAGCAGCUUGCUACUCGCCUGCCCGGCAUCUCUGAGACCGCCAUGAUCUUUGCUGGAGUGGACGUCACGAAAGAGCCCAUCCCAGUAUUACCCACCGUCCACUACAACAUGGGCGGCAUCCCCACCAACUACAAGGGACAGGCCAUCACCCAUGAGAAUGGAGAGGAUAUGGUGGUGCCAGGCCUGUAUGCCUGCGGUGAGGCCGGCUGUGCAUCGGUGCAUGGUGCAAAUCGUCUGGGCGCCAACUCACUGCUGGAUCUGGUUGUGUUUGGACGCGCUUGUGCCCUGACCAUUGCUGAGACCAACACUCCAGGAGAGAAGCUUUCCCCUCUGAAACCCAAUGCAGGAGAAGCAUCUGUCACCAAUCUGGACAAGAUCCGCUUUGCUAACGGCAGUACCAGAACCUCAGAGAUCAGACUGAAUAUGCAGAAGACCAUGCAGAAUCACGCUGCUGUGUUCCGCACCGGAGACGUCCUGAAGGAGGGUUGUGAAAAGAUGGACUCCGUCUACAAGUCUAUGGAUGACAUCAAGACAUUUGACAGAGGCAUUGUCUGGAACACUGAUCUGGUGGAAACUCUGGAGCUGCAGAAUCUGAUGCUGAACGCGGUGCAGACAAUCGUCUCCGCUGAGGCGCGUAAAGAGAGCAGAGGAGCUCACGCACGCGAGGACUUCAAGGACCGUGUGGAUGAGUACGAUUACUCCAAGUCUCUGCAGGGACAAGUGAAGAAGCCUUUCGAGCAGCACUGGAGGAAACACACAAUGUCCUACGUGGAUCCCAAGACAGGAAAGGUUACUCUGGAAUACAGACGUGUGAUUGACAGCUCUCUGAAUGCAGAUGACUGUGCUGCUAUUCCCCCUGCAAUCCGUUCCUAUUAAACACGUCCUAAUGUGCCCCAGCUGACUUUGCCCUUUUGCUUAUUUAUAAUCAGCCAAUAAAUAAAUGAAUAUCUUGUUAUUGACAGGCUGCGCUUUAUUUAAAUGUGACCACAGUAAGACUCG